AUGAUCACCUUCGACAAAGAUGGGAUCUACAAUACCUCCAACUUGCAGCGUGAAGUAGACAAAGAGCAAGAGAACGCAGCACUGGAGGAUCUUGAGAACGACAACUGGUUGUGGAAACUCAGUGCAGGUAAAACAACACCCAUAAGAAGUCAGACCUCAAAGCACGCUAGUCAACCAAGAAUCAUCUCCCCUCGCAUAAAUGGCCAAGGCAAGAAACAAAAGUCUUAUCAACGCACAGCUGUGAAAUAUGUUCACAAACGUGAUGUUCUUAGCUACACCGAGGACGGUCACACCCUUGAUGAGACCAUUAGCAACUUCUAUGACGAGUUAAAAGCAAAUGAAGUUCGGGCUAAAAAUAUCAAUAAGUGGAUGAAGCAGACAGCAACAAUUCGCGCUGCAUACGACGACAUUGAAGCCAAUGGCGACUUCGACAGCGAUAGCGAAUAA